CAAGCAACAACCCAAGACCGCCAAAACCAAUUCCACCUCGGCUGGACCGUGAAAGAUCCCACCACAAAUCCCAAACUACUCCGACAUGGACGGAACAGCUUGGGCCCGCUACGCCGUCCAAAACCAAGAUUGCUGGGCCGCGGUCGUAAUCCACUCGAACGCAACCUCCGCUGCCCUCGCGGCCGUAAACACCGACGUAUCAACGUACGACCCAACCGGCGCAAUGGGUUUCUUCUACUCUGAAGGCCGCUCGUAUUUGACCGUCGACCAAUGGAUCCCACCGCAAGCAAUCCCCGUCCUCUCCCGCGGUCUUGGUAUCGCGAACGCCGCUUUCGCCGCUCAAGUCCUCACCACCGCGCCCACGUCGAUCCCAGCCUCAGCUUUCGGAUUCAGCGAGUAUAACGUUGAUCGCAUUACGCACUUCGCCGCCCUCCCCGUUGUUUCGAUUUGUAUGCUCUACCUCCUCGUCUACACCUUCUUCACCGUAAACCUCUGGUCCGAACCACGUCUCCAGCUCCAAGCCCGCCUCCGUCUCUCUUCAGCCCUCGCGAUGCGACUCCUCAUCCCACUCAUCCAGUACUUCUUCCUCAGCUUAUGGUUCUCGCUUGUCAGUUUAGCGUGGGACGUUAGCUUUACGGCAUACUUCGGACAUACCGGCUUCUUCCUCUUCUGGAUGUCGAACUGGGUGACGAUGACAGCUCUCGGGUUUGCGAUCGAAGGAGUUUACACCCUCUUCGGGCAGGCUUUCAUCCCAUUCUUUCUCGGUGUGUGGAUUAUCGCGAACGUGAGUGCCGCGUUCGUCAGUAUCGCGGACCAGCACUGGUUUUACGGGUACGGGUAUAUUAUGCCGGUGUGGAAUGCGGUGGAUGCCGCGAAGUGUAUUAUCUUUGGAACAGCAAAUCGUCUAGAACAGAAUUUCGGAGUGAACCUGGGAAGUGUGGUCGGGUACGGCUUAAGUAUCUGUCUAUUCACUUGGGCGAGCAGGAAAUGGGGUGGCAGAGAAGGAUAGGAUAAGACAAAGACCAAGACGUAGUAGAGAAGACUUAGACAGGUCUUAGAAUAUCGGACCUAAUAGUAAUUCGUACGCGAUCGUCCCGCACACAACCUCAUUGAGAAGGCCUAUCUAUGUCUCCCCAUCCGAAUCCCCCAAGAUAUCAUCAUCCAAACUCGUCCUCCCGAGCGUCGAAUACUCUCCCCUCGCAAAACUACCCCUGGUCGUGAACCUCUUAUUUCUCGAAAUCAUCCCCGCAACAGCCCCCCCAAGGGCUUUCAAGAGUG